GUUGUGCAGUCAGCCACGUUCCUGGUCUUCGUAGUAGUGAAGAAGCGUGAACCCGUAGAUUCUCAUAUUCCCAUAUUACACAGCCUAGUAAACUGGCUGCUGAGACCUGCAAGUUUUUAAUUAGAUUUACUGUUGUAGUUUCCUAUUAUACUAGCGAAUUGUUCUUUUCACCAAUACUUACUCCCACAGUAAAAAUAAGCGGUUUCACUAAUCCUUUCGCAUGUAACGGGCCAGUUUCAAUAUGUAGAUUUUCCAAAGGGUCAGGUUUCAGAGCUUGCCGCGAACCUCUUUUUGAAUUGUGAAAUGAAUUACGGAUCAAUCGACCGUUCUUAGGUGGAAGCCAAACUUGAUUGAAUAGUGGUGGUUUGCUAAAAUGGAUCUUUAGUCAAAUAACAAUUAUGUAUACCAAAUAAUUCUUAUUUCUAGAGCUCGUACCAAAUAUUUGCGGAAACAUUUAAAGUUCUAGAAAACAUUAUUUACUUUAUUUUAAUUCAAAUAUUACAUUAUUUAUAUCAGAUAAGUAUAUUUUUAAUGUACUUGUAGAUAUUAAUUAAAUAAUAAAUUUACAAAACGAAAAAAGAAGGAAAUUUGAAAAUAAAAUCCUUGUUUCUUUUUCCUUCAGUCGCACUGUCAGAUAUAUGACAGAUAUGUGACAAUUUAAAUAAAAGGAAUAAUGGCAUACUGCCAAUCUUAUAUAUUUUUUUGUAUGAUGAAAUAAUGUAGUCUUCCUAUUUACACAAUGAAUCUCAUCAUUUCUCCACCGUGAGAGAUUCGGUUUAAGUUUCAAUUACAUUGGGACCAUGGAUAUGGAUAUAUAACAGAACGCACAUGCACUUCUCAUGACAGAGUGGCAAGAUACGAAGAUAUAAUAAAUACUAAAGAUAGUACAUGCUCGCAAAAUCGGUUGGCAGCAAAGCUAAAUAUAUUGGGGUUGGAUACUUGGAGACACCCUAUUUUGCGCAUGCUCUAUUCAUACAAAGGCCCGGUGGACCCCUUCGGCCCCUCGUCAACUUCAGUAUACCGCUUAGACAUUCAAGGUGAGAGACCCGUUCGUUUGCAAACAAAAUUAAGGACUACAAUAUCCUAUCUCCGUUAAAAAAAUGAUGAUAACACAGUUUCCAAGACCAAGCCUACUUUCCGAAAGACUUUUAAAACAUCAAACCUUGUGACGCAAACCGAUUUAAAUCGUAUUUAUUUCCAUGUUGAUUUCAACUUUUGUGAAAUUGCUUUUACAUCAGCAUCUGUUUAACUUAUAAUUAUUAAGUACGUAAUUACAAUCUAUCUGCCAUAAUUUAUAUGUAUUUACUUUGGAAUAAAGUAUAUUUUCCAGAUAUUCCAAACUCGAAUUCCGUUGGAUUGUUAUAUUUAAUAGUGGUGAAUUUUAAGCAAAGCUUAUUGUUAAAGUCAAGGUGCUAUCGAAAAUCAUGUUAAUUUUGAAAUUUAUGUGACUAUAAUGAAUUUCUAAGGAUAAAAUAAAAUAAAGGUCAUUAUGGAACCGUACUCGAACGAUUUAUUAUGGUUGGUCGUAAGUGGGUUUGUAGUUGCUUUCAUUUUGGCAUUUGGCAUCGGUGCGAACGACGUGGCAAACUCUUUUGGGACCAGUGUAGGUUCAAAGGUGUUGACUCUUACUCAAGCUUGUAUUCUGGCUACCAUUUUUGAAAUUGCCGGAGCUGUACUCAUUGGAUAUAAAGUUUCGGAUACUAUGCGGAAGGGUAUACUUGAUGUAUCAUUAUACGCGGAUGGCGGCGAGAAGCUUCUUGCGGCCGGGUGUUUGGCUGCUCUUAUAGCCGGGGCGACUUGGCUUAUUCUUGCUACCGCUCUACGAUUACCCGUAUCCGGGACACAUUCCGUAGUCGGCGCUACAGUAGGGUUCACUCUUACUGCGAAGGGACCCAUCGGAGUACGCUGGUCUACCUUAGGAGCGAUUGUGUUAUCGUGGUUUAUAUCUCCGGUACUAAGUGGAACGGCGUCGGCGCUUCUUUUCUGGCUAGUUCGCCGGUUCAUUCUGCGUGCUCCACAACCCUUGAAAGCAGGUCUGCGAGCAUUGCCUUUCUUCUAUGGUGCCACAAUAGCUGUCAACGUAAUUAGCGUUGUGCUCGAUGGGCCGAAGUUGCUUGCUAUGGAUGCAAUUCCAUUGUGGAUUGCUUUGACCGGGUCCAUCACAUUGGGAUUGGUGGUCGCCAUUUGCGUACGUUUGUUUCUUGUACCUUACUACCGACGUGAGCUUGUUCAACCACCAGUCAACUUUUCCAUGGGACUAUCUAACGAAACAACACCGGUUAAUACUCCGACGCAUUCCAAUAAAAACAAUGUACCGCAAAGACCUACGUCUUUGAUAUCUGAAGAUGGGAAAGUUCUGGAAGUGAUUACUGAAAGUGCUGAAAUGGUCACAUUAAGUGAUAUUGAUAAAAUGUCAGUGGACGUCCGCGGGAUGAAUGCGAGGAAUCGUGCUCUCUUGGCCACCAUGGAUGAUUGCAGUGUUUUAUCUAGGAGCCUAAGUCCACCCAAUAAGUCUCGGCUGCAACUUAUUGAUGCAGAUCCACAAAUUAAUACUCUGAAAUAUAUUGAUGAGACUAUAAGCUGUUGCAAGAGCUUAGAUUCAGCUCAGCUAGCUGGAAUGGGUGAGAGUUAUGAUUCUAAAAAUGGUUUCUUGGGGGGAUCGUGUGAUACUAUCGCUCGAGGAGAUUUUGAUCGACUGGCUGUUACACGAGCGCUUCCUGGUAACGUUGACUUCGAUACACCACCUCCUCGGAUCGAGAAGGCCCCGAGCGGUGGUAGCGCUUGGAGUAUCGAGCGAGAGAGUAAGCGAUUACCUGCCAUCACGCCCAACUCGAGCGCAGCGCCCUUAUUGCGAGCGACGUCGCCGCCCCCGCCACCGCCACAGCCACACCCUCAGGAUGAAACGCUACGGCUGUUCUCUUUUUUGCAAGUACUUACUGCAACAUUUGGCUCAUUCGCACACGGAGGAAACGACGUAAGUAAUGCUAUCGGGCCGCUGGUGGCUUUAUGGCUGGUUUAUUCAGAAGGCGGAGCGCACGCUCGAGCAGAGACUCCACUUGCGAUCCUCGUGUUUGGAGGCGUCGGUAUUGCGCUCGGCCUCUGGCUCUGGGGUCGUCGGGUAAUACGCACCGUAGGAGAAGACCUAACUAGUAUCACUCCAGAUACUGGUUUUACUAUAGAGCUGGGCGCAGCGUUGACCGUCCUGGUGGCUAGCAAAGCAGGUUUACCAGUCUCUACAACUCAUUGCAAAGUCGGCUCCGUUGUAUGUGUUGGAUAUUUUUCUCAAAAAUCUGUUGACUGGACACUGUUUAGGAAUAUCAUUUUUGCGUGGGUGGUAACCCUACCAGUUGUUGCUGCGGUGGCGUCACUGUCAAUGUUGGCGCUUGAAGCGUUCGUCGUUUAAAAAAGAAAAAAAACAACAAUAAUAUCACCAUAUUAUUACUGUUCUCCAGUAGUUCACAUAUUAUAUUUAGCGUAUUAAUUUCUAAUUUAAAUCAGCAAAGAUUCCUAGAUUUUUUCAACACUGAAAUUGAUUUGAUGUUAAUGCUUAAAUCUUAUUAGUACGUAUAUAACUAUUGAGUAGGUUAUGUUUAGAUUUUCAAAUAGGGAAAUUUGCACAUACGCAUUCUACAAUAGAUUCCAUAGUUUAUUUAUCUUAGUAUUCUCCUAAUUUCUUUCUAACUUGUUUUAAAUUAAAAAUCACUGUUAAUGUUACUUAACUCUUGAGCCUGUGUUUGAAGUAGCUGCUGGUUUUACAUACAGUAUCUAGAUUAUCUAGAUUUCUGAUCGUGGGUUUUCUCCAUAUUUGAUAUUUAUGACUUAACGUUUUUCAAUUCAAAACUAAUUAAAAAAAAUUUUUGAAAAUUGUAGCCAGUUAAUUAGUAUACCUACAAAGUAUUUAAGAUACUUUCAAGCAUACCUACUAAACUUGGCCCAUAAUAAUAUUAUUGAAUCCUCACUAAUCAACUAAAAAAAAAGCUUCAGCUGCAUGAGAAUUGAAAAACAUUACGAUAUUGUCAAUUUCAGGUGUUUGAUCUUAUUUACAUUUAAUUAAGAAUUUAAAGAAAAAAGCGACUGGUUUUUGAGAGAUUCCUAUGUCUAUAUUCUGCCAUUGGAAAGUAAUGAUGGAAAUGUACUAUUGCUGUUUGUACUUCGAUCAAUAUAUCAUAAAUUUGAAAUUGAAAAUUUGAAUUGAAUAAUGAAAAAAAUGUUGAAUAAACAUAGUUGGUAUUU